UGUUGUAGUCACUUUGGGAAACACUGCUCUGGUCAUCCGUGGCAGCGCGGAAAACCCGGCUAGGAAAAUUUCUGAACCUCCACACGACGCGAGCUAAUCGGGCUGGGCGAGUUGCAUGAAACCAGGUAUGGCGUGUCUUUUAGCAUUUUUGUUUGGCCCAGAGGAGGCUUCGCCUUUCAAUAAAGCAUUACACAACUAUGUAACAGAACUAGAAAAACAGAGAUACCUCACAAAUGAUAGAGGUUUUGAAGAAUUCAAACGCUGGUUGGACCGCUUAAAUGUUUCAUGCGCAGACCAUUUUGGAUCACAUCAUUUUAUUUCGCAAUGUGAAACGCGCACUAAUUUGGCCGAAACUAUACAAAAAUCUGUCGAUGGUUUAAUUACCAGUAUUUCAGAAGAUGAUGGUUUGAUUGAAAACCAUAUUUACUUCAAACCAAGUGAGGUCUCCGCCUUCGAAGAUGACGACAUCGUUAAAGUAGGCGAUCGCGUUCAAGCGGAUGCCAUCAGAAGAAUAACUGGGAACUGCGGUUGGACAGCAAUCAGGGUAGUUAAAAUAGGAACAUCUGAUUUGAAUCAUAAAGAUCUGUGGGAAGAUUCUGUCCAGUUAAAUGGUGGGUUAAUGGUUGAGUGCAUAACCGGAAUUGGAGAAAACCAAGGCACAUUGAAACAUGGAGUUAAAUUCAAACUAGAAUCUGUUGAAGCAGGAUAUACCCCAGCUGUUGGUGACUGGGUGAAAUUAGAAGCAUCAGACAAUGGAGAAAUUGCCAAGGUCCAACCUUUAAGAACGAAGAUCGUCACAGGAAAAGUUACAAGGCAACCAAGAUAUGAUAAGGACAACAAUAAAGCAUACCCAGGGACUGUAAACAAUGACAUUAAGUUUUUCUUUGAUGUGUGUGAUGAUGGGUAUAAACCAUGGCAAGAUGAUGAAGUUGCGGCUAGGGCUGUUGAAAGCAAACAGGGACAGUGGAACUGGAGAGCAAUUUCAGUAAAAUUGAUAGCGAAAGCUAGAAGUAAUACUCAAACAAGCGGGCAAUUUCAAUCGAGUCACUGGACGCUCAGGGGUGGAUAUCCAUUUGCACAAGGUAAACGCAACACUGUGCCAUCUUUUCUCCCCAAGUAUCCGGUCCCAGAAAAUCUAAAGAAUCGAGUUGAAAAUGGGAGUGAUGUGUUGUGCCUAUUGCCAUCAAUCAAAACUGGGCUAUGCCUUGAAAAUUACGCUGCUAGAUUUGGUGCUUUAAUCUAUUUGGAAGAAAUUUAUGCAGAUAUUGAAAUUCGCAAGCACAGUCUCAGAGAUAUCAGUUUACAAAGACAAGGCGAAUACCUCAACAUAUACGUAGCUGGUAUUGCUGAUGGCAGGCCUAGACUUUCUAUAGGAGAUAUUGUUAUUCUUCAUGAACCAGCAGCUGCAAAAUUAUCCGGAUUAGAAUAUCAAGGGUUCAUUCAUCACAUCCACCCUGAAAAAGAGGAGAUUCUAGUAAAAUUCCAUCCAACUUUUCAGGAAAACUUCCAGGUAUCUGACAGAUAUGAUGUGGAAUUCAAGUACAGCAGAGCCCAUUUCCGAAGGUGCCAUUUUGCAGUAAGAUUAGCACAAAGGCGAAAACCUGCUGCUUUACUAUUUCCUGAUCAGAUUUACAAGUCACCCAAGCAAAGUGUAGUCGACCUGUUCGUAAAGGACAAUAACCUUUUUUUUAAUACCCAUCUUAACACUCGGCAGAAGCAAUCUGUCCAAAGAAUAAUAUAUGGUGAAACUAGAAACCACCCAUAUAUAUUAUUUGGGCCUCCUGGAACGGGGAAAACUGUAACUCUGGUGGAAGUCAUACUACAGCUUUAUCAUUUGCUUAAAUGGUGUAGGAUAUUAGUGUGUGCUCCUUCCAACAGUGCAGUAGAUGUCAUAUGUGAGAGGCUAGCAGUAAGUAGACAAGUUAAUGAAAGUGAUAUGGUCCGCUUUAAUGCUUUUCGGCGUUUGGAAAGCAGCAUACCAGAGUCGAUAUCAAAAUUCUGUCACAAGGAUGAAGAAAUAGAAAAAAUUUCUCACUAUAGGAUCAUUUUGACAACAUGUGUGAACGCUGGUAUUUUUUAUGGACUUGCAUUACCAAGAGAUCACUUCACCCAUGUCUGUAUUGAUGAAGCAGGACAAGCAACCGAACCAGAAGUGCUCAUACCUAUAGGACUGCAGAUCAAUGGUCAAGUUGUCAUGGCAGGUGAUCCAGAACAACUGGGUCCAGUGAUCAUGUCACCACUAGCAAACGUGUAUGGACUGAACAUAUCCUUAUUAGAACGUUUGAUGAAGCUGGAUGUAUACUCUAGAAAUGACUCAUUAUACAAAGACGGAUACAAUGCCCUUUUCGUGACCAAGCUUACCAACAACUAUCGAUCCCAUCCACAUCUUAUAGAACUUGCAUCAAAAAUGUUCUACAUGCAUGAACUCGUACCAUGCGCAGACAACCUUCAAUACAAAAACCUCCUUGAAUGGGACAAAUUACCAAAAAAGGGGUUCCCAAUUUUGUUUCAUGGCAUUAUUGGUCAACAAUUAAGGGAAAGUAAUAGCCCUUCUCUCAUGAAUCCAACAGAGAUUGUUCAAGUAAUCAGAUAUGUUAAAUUGCUACAUAGAGAUGAAAAAGUUGAACUAUCUGACAUUGGAGUUAUAGCUCCCUAUCGGACACAAGUAGAAAAACUGAGGAUAAUGUUACGGGCAAUUUGCAUUGAUGGUGGCAUAAAAGUGGGUUCAGUUGAAGAAUUUCAGGGGCAAGAACGAUCUGUCAUAAUCAUAUCUACAGUUCGAUCGAACUCCGGAGCAAAACCCAUACCGGGUGAUGGCUUAUCAGUCAGAGGAACUCUUGGAUUUCUCUCAAACAGUAAGAGAUUCAAUGUGGCAACAACCAGAGCUAAAAUUCUAAUGAUCAUCCUAGGAAAUCCAUAUGUUUUGUCAAUAGAUUCUCACUGGAGAGCUCUGUUAAAAUACUGUGUGUCUCAUGGAGGAUAUCAAGGUUGCGAUAUAACUUCGCUCAAGCUUUGACCAAAUUCCUUUCAAUUUUAAGUCAUUUUCUAUCAUGCACACUCGACAUUCCACUGUUAUUUUUCAAAUUUUUGAUGAGCAAUAUACACAAUUUAAAAUUU